GGGGGCGGGAGAGAUUAGUUUGGGAAGUAGCACGGAUUGCUCAUCCGAUCCGUGCAGCCGCAGCUAGUGUGUCAAGUUACAGAGGCGCCGGAAUCGGCCCCAGCGCUGCUCCGCCGCGGCCACGACCCACCUCUGCCCAUGGGGCCCUCCGUGUGCGCCCCUUCGCCCCGGGACUGAAACUGGCUCGCCCGGGAGACGGGAGACAUCUAGGACAGACAGCGCAGAAUCAACUCCAGGACUCUGCAGAUACUUGAAGGGAAAGACGGGGCGGAAAGGAAAACCGGCCAGAUUCCCCUAACUUUCCUGGACUUGGAGCGUUCUUCGAAGUAACUUUUUUUUUCUCACCUGGGUGUACCCCGAUUACUGCUGGUUGUAAUUUUCUUUUUUCGGCUUUCCCCCUCCAGCUGCCUUUUUUUUUUUUUUUUUUCCUCCAUCCUCUUUGCUGGGAGCAAAGGAAAGGGACAUAUUCCACCGACACAAACCCUUUCCCCCUGUCCCGCAGCUUGGAUCGCGCCUGUGGGCAGUGGCUCUCGCCUUUAUUUAUUCUAUUUAUUUAUUUAUUGGUUCUCAAGACGCGAGGGGAUGGUAGCGGAGCGCUCCCGCAAAGCGACAGACUCCGGUGCCCGCGGCCCUGGGGAGCUGGGCGCGCCCGGGACGGUGGCGCUGACGGUGGCGCCGGUGGAGCGCUGCGCGCGGCUGCCGAGCCCGGGGUCCUGCGGGCUGCUGGCGCUGGCCCUCUGCUCGCUGGCGCUCAGCCUGCUCGCCCACUUUCGGACGGCCGAGCUGCAGGCCCGGGUGCUGCGCCUGGAAGCAGAGCGUGGGGAGCAGCAAAUGGAGCCGGCUAUUUUGGGACGAGUCAACCAACUGCUGGAUGAGAAAUGGAGGCUCCACUCUCGGAGACGCCGGGAGGCCCCAAAGACAUCUCCAGGGUGUCACUGCCCACCAGGACCUCCUGGUCCCGCUGGAAGACCCGGCCUCCCGGGGGACAAAGGUGCCAUUGGGAUGCCCGGACGUGUGGGAGCAAAGGGCCAACCAGGCGAGAAGGGCGCCCCAGGAGAUGCCGGGAUGUCCAUCAUCGGUCCCCGUGGCCCCCCUGGUCAGCCGGGCACACGAGGUUUUCCUGGAUUUCCGGGUCCCAUUGGGCUGGACGGCAAACCGGGCCGCCCCGGACCAAAGGGAGAGAUGGGGCCUCAAGGACAAAAAGGAGAAAAGGGUCAGUGUGGAGAGUACCCCCACCGGGAGCACCUAAGCACCUCUCUGGCAGCUCUGCGCUCCAACCAGAUAAUUACCCUGAAGGGUGAACAGGGCCAGGCUGGCAUCCAAGGCCCGCCAGGGCCACCAGGCCCUCCUGGACCAAGUGGACCUCUGGGGCACCCAGGACUGCCAGGGCCCAUGGGGCCGCCUGGCUUAUCUGGGCCUCCUGGACCAAAGGGAGACCCGGGGAUCCAGGGCUACCACGGCCGGAAGGGAGAGCGGGGCAUGCCGGGGAUGCCAGGCAAACAAGGAGCCAAGGGUGAGCCAGGGACCCCAGGAGCCAAGGGAGACCCAGGAGCAACAGGGAAGCCGGGGCCCCCAGGUUUGCCGGGAAAGAGGGGGCAGAGGGGUGAGAAGGGGUCUGUGGGUUCCCCCGGGCUACUCGGCCUCCUGGGGCAGAAGGGAGAAAAAGGCGAUGCCGGCAACUCCAUUGGAGGAAGCAGAGGGGAGCCCGGUCCCCCAGGGCUCCCGGGGCCCCCGGGGCCAAAGGGGGACGCUGGAGCUGAUGGCCAGGCUGGCCCCCCAGGACGACAAGGAGACAAGGGGGAGCCUGGAGCAGCUGGAGAACAGGGACCUGCUGGCCCCAAGGGCUCCAAGGGUGAACCAGGGAAAGGAGAGCUGGUGGACUACAACGGGAACAUCAGUGAGGCUCUCCAGGAGAUCCGGACACUGGCCUUGAUGGGACCCCCUGGCCUUCCCGGGCAGAUUGGCCCACCAGGAGCUCCAGGGAUCCCAGGCCAGAAGGGGGAGAUUGGACUGCCAGGGCCUCCUGGACAUGAUGGGGAAAAGGGACCUCGAGGUAAACCAGGAGACAUGGGCCCUCCUGGCCCCCAAGGCCCCCCAGGAAAGCCUGGGCCUGCAGGAAUGAAGGGAGAAGAUGGACACACAGGGAGCCCGGGAGAGAAGGGGGAGAAAGGGGAGACGGGGCAGCCAGGCCCACCGGGUCUAGAUGGCCCAACUGGGGAGAAAGGAGAACCAGGAGGGCAAGGGAGACCAGGAGUGACCGGAUUGCCUGGCCCAAUUGGGCUCCCAGGAUUUACAGGAGAGAAGGGAGAACCUGGGGAGAAAGGUGACCCAGGAGUGGAGGUUCCUGGACCACCAGGGCCAGAGGGGCCUCCGGGACCUCCGGGGCUCCAAGGCGUUCCUGGACCAAAGGGGGAAGCAGGACUAGAUGGAGCAAAAGGAGAAAAGGGCGUCCAGGGAGAAAAAGGAGACCGAGGUCCUCUGGGAUUACCCGGAGCUUCAGGUUUGGACGGCAGGCCUGGGCCACCGGGUACUCCAGGACCAAUUGGAGUUCCAGGCCCAGCGGGACCAAAGGGAGAGAGGGGCAGCAAAGGUGACCCUGGAAUGACAGGACCAACGGGAGCAGCAGGGCUUCCUGGUUUACAUGGACCACCCGGGGACAAAGGAAACCGGGGGGAAAGGGGGAAGAAAGGCUCUAGAGGGCCUAAGGGGGAUAAGGGAGACCAAGGAGCGCCUGGAUUAGAUGCCCCCUGUCCAUUGGGCGAAGACGGCUUGCCAGUCCAGGGCUGCUGGAACAAGUGAUGCCUCUAACCUGGGAUUGGCCUGUGUGUGUGUUUGUACAUAGAAUAUUUAUUUUUAUACAGUUUUCACUUUUUGAAAAUGCCAGAAGUAUGAUGCAUCUUACAGAUUAUUAAAAAAAGGAAACCUGCAUAUUUUGUACAGAAACUACCAACCUCUUCCCUUUUGUUUACAAGAUGUUUUGUACACGUCUACAAUUCUAAUACACUUUUUGUUUGAGUCCGGCCAUAUGUUUGCAUGAUAUUUGUGCACACUUAUUAAGUAUUGAAGCUUAAUAAAUUAUUGUGUUCUGGUGCCAAAGGGGGCCAACCAGCACUUA